AUGACAACUGAUUACAGAGAUCCUUUGAUAGAUUUGCUCAGCGGCGCAGUCGAGUCGCCCCUGCCCAGCGCAGAUGACAUCCAACUAAUCAACAGAAACGGUUCAUUUAACGGUGCAGCUGGUGGUCAUCACUUGUAUCAACAACAUUUCCCGCAGUUUCCCAAUACCCAGAUUCCUCACACCCCGGUGUUGAACCACCAACAAUACUAUAGCAACAACUUUGACUUGACCACCCCAAACGACAUUAGCUCUUAUGAAAAGAUCCAGGAGUUGGAAAAAUCUCCUCCGCAACUGGCGGAGAACAGAGCACCAGGGCAGCAGCAACAACAACAACAACAACAACAACAGCACCAGCUUGAGAAGGAACAAGAUUUCGACUUGCAGCUUUUCAACAGAAACAACACACAGGUACCACCCAUGGAAAAAACGCUUCCACCGAUGCCGCCAUUAUCCGAGUCUGUCUUGCCAAACACUUUGAAGCCCUUGGAGUUUAAUCAAGAAAUCAACCCAUCCAAGCCACCUCAUAUUCAAAUCCAAGGGAACCCAGCCAAGCGCAGAAAAGAAUCCACCGGUCCCAAGGCCAGGCCUGCGUUUGUGAUGAAGAUUUGGUCCAUGGUCAACGACGAUGCCAAUAGCGAAUACAUUAGAUGGAACGAUGACGGCAAAACUUUCCAGGUUUUCCACCGCGAAGACUUUAUGAAGAUUAUUUUGCCAAAGUACUUUAAGCAUAAUAAUUUUGCAAGUUUUGUUAGACAGUUGAACAUGUACGGAUGGCAUAAAGUCCAGGAUAUCAACAAUGGCACGAUGAACCAAAGUUUUGACAAGAAUGGCUCGGACGAAAUCUGGCAGUUUGAAAAUCCCAACUUUGUUAGAGACAGAGAGGACUUGUUGGACAAGAUUGUGAGAAACAAAAGCACCUCUGGCCAGGAUGAAUUGCUUGAUGCUCCUCAUGGCAAUAGCACCAGCAGCAACAUGUCGCUAAUCUUGUCUGAAUUGGAAACCAUCAAAAUGAACCAAUAUGCCAUUUCCGAGGACUUGAGAAGAGUUCGACACGACAACAAGAUGUUGUGGCAAGAAAACUAUCUCAAUCGCGAGAGACAACAAGUGCAAGGACGCACUCUAGACAAGGUGUUGAAGUUUCUUGCUGCCUCCUACGGCAAUAAAAACAACAACAAGCUUAUGGAUGCAAACAAUUUCCCGCACCAAGGUGGGAGAAACUCUCCCAUGUUGCACAGGGCGCAAAGCCAACCACCUGAGGAGCACGACCAGCAUCGUAGUAAGCAGAAGAGUGCGCAUGCCAAAGACGAUGAGCAUAUAUCACCAACAUACCAGUCUCCAACAUCGUCCGAGACUCUGCUGGCCCGGCCACAGAUGCGCUACAAACCAAGACUACUCAUUGCCAACCGCGCUUAUUCUCGAAGACCAUCAAUGUCAAGGGCCCAGUCUUCUCCUGCUUCUAUUGAGGAAAUCAUUAGGUCGCACAACAUGCCCGACCCGGCCGAGGCCAGUGUCAAGAACAUGUACCAGCACUGGGUAAACCAAGAGCUGGCGUCGUCGCCCCGUCUCUUGUUCCCCGAGUUGAAUGCUCCCGUUUAUGAUAAUAUCGAGUCUGAAUUGAAAAGCUCGGGCCAGUCGAUUGAGCAAGUGCAAGAUUGGAUAGAGAAAUUGAGCCAGCAGCAAGAAGCUACGUUGGCGGCCAAUAACGGCGACACGAAUAAUAGAGAAUCGUUGGAUCAUUUCAACAUUGACGACUAUAUUCAGAAUGGAAGCCCCGCUGCUUACCACCAGCAUUUCUCACCAACGCCUCAUCACCCUCAACCCAAUGGCGGAAUCUACUCUAGUCAAGCAUCUUCAGGCAGGAAGAGAACGAUUCAGGAAAUUUACGAUGGUAACGACGAGUAA